AAACCCUAAUUUCGUCAAUUCUGUUUCAUUUCAGCCUCGCAUUGCCUAUCUCUCUCUCCCAAAUCCGGUUGCCCUCUUUCUCUCUCUCUCUACAAUCCUUUCCGGUACAUUUCUCCACCGCUCCGAUACCAUCCGUUGCUCUGUUGUAACAGGUUUCAAAAUUGAAUAUGUCUCCAGCAUCUAGAUCCAAGUCCAAGGACAAAAGGGCUGCCAAGGAAGCCCCUAAGACCUCUCCAAAAUCUUCAAGCCUUGCAAAUGCAGGUGGUGGGAUCCCAACUAGUGGAUACAAUCCUCUUUUGGGAACAUUCCAUUCAUUGGACUCAGCUCCUGUAUCUUUCAAUGCUCCUACCCUUGUCAAUGGUCGUUUCAGAGGCAUAGACGAGACAGAUGAUCAUAUUGGUAACUUGUUUGGAAAUGUUGCCGAGUAUGAUUCUGUUUCCAACAAUGGUAGCUGGUCUGGUGAGUCAGAGGACCAUAAAGAGAAAACAUCCCUUCUCAUUCCCAAGCAAGAUGCAGUACCUGGUGCUGAUAAUGACAAGCGGGAAAAAAUCCGGCAAAAAAAUGAGAGGAAACAUCAACGCCAAAAGGAGAGGCGAGCACAAGAACUACAUGAAAAGUGCAGCGGCUUUCUCAUGUCAAGAAAGGUAGAAGUAGUUGCUCAGCAACUUGUGGCAAUGGGGUUCUCUCAAGAACAAGCCACAAUGGCUCUUAUUCUGAAUGAAGGCAGAGUAGAACAAUCAGUGGCAUGGCUGUUAGAAGGAAAUGAAGAAGCAGACAAGCAAAAGGAACAUCAAAUCAGUGGUGGAGGUAAUUUGAAAAUUGAUAUAGCAGAAGAGCUUGCUCGAAUUGCCGAUUUGGAACUUAGGUAUAAGUGCUCCAGGCAGGAGGUUGAAAGAGCUAUAGUUGCUUGUGAAGGUGAUCUUGAAAAGGCUGAAGAAACUUUGAGGGCACAAAAGCAGGAACCUCCUCUUGUGCCACCAAAGCCAGAAGAAAAUGGUGAUCCUCCUACCAUGAGUGGUACUAAGCUUCCAAUAGCUGGUAGUCAGAACUCAAUAAGGGCACCAGCAAAAGCAGUCUCAUCCACUACUCUACAGCAGAAGAGGGAUGAGAAAGACUUUAAUUAUACAAAAGUUACAGCCACUGCAACUUCUUCUUUAGAUCCACAAUCAUUGAAGAGAGUUCAACCAAAAUUGGAGUGGGCCAAACCACCGCAAUUAAUUGUGCCUAAUGACAAGAGGUGGACAGGAGCAGGAUCAAAUCCUUCUUCUUCGUAUUCUUUGGCAUCUCCUUUGCAAGCCUCAACUCCAACUGCGAAGACAGAAGCCCGGUAUGUGACUGUUGGGAAUGAAUUGAAGAGUCUACAGCUAGGAAGUGUAAGAGAACCUGUAAUAGUGAUGCAGCGACCCCAAUCCAUCAAUCAAAAGCAGACUCCCUCCUCAAGCAUAAGUUCAUCUCCACCUGGGAAUGCUGCCGGUUGGUAUCCUAAUAGUUUUGAGCCCACAAAAACAAAACCAAAUGGAUUGAUGCAACAUGUCCCUGGCACAAGGAGUCUGAGCUCUAACGCUGUCAGUACAAACCAAUUGUAUAACCAACUUCAUUAUCAACAGCAGCAGCAGCAGCAGCAGCCACUUGUAUCAAGUAAUGGCUCACUUGAAUCCUCAGGAACAAACAGGAGUAAUAGUUUGUGGAAUAGAACAGGUAGUUCACAGCCUCAGACACUUGCUGCAGCUUCUCUUGGACUUUUCUCUGGCUUGGGCACCAAUCCUCCAUCAGGCUCAUCGUCACCUGUGGACUGGAAAAAUGGUUGCUCUAUGCCGCAGUUUGAUUACACAAACAUAGACUGGAGUUUGGAUUGUGGGUCAUCAUCAUCGAGAUCAGGAGGGCAAUGGCCCUCAGUGACCUCAUAUAUGCAAAACAAUUCUCGUACAUAUGAUUCCUUUGUGUCUGGACUUGGUGCCAAGAAGGCUGCUGCUAUGCGGCCUGUUCUAUCCAAUGGGGUUUCAAUUCCUCGACUGCAGGAUGGAGUAGGUGUAGCAGAGACCUCGGGAGGUGGGUUGCUCGAGUGGACUUCUCCUUUCGAGGAGAAAGAUCUUUUUAGCUUAUCCCGACAGUUUGUUUAUUCUCCUUCACUGUAGGGUGGUUGCGGAGAAGUUGAAUGAAUAAACAGAGGGGAAUGGAUGUGCUUGUCUUUGAUGUUGGUGAUGAAUGAUGCUUUUGUUCCCUGUUAAUGGUUGGUUGUUUAUCAAUCUUAAUGGAAAAAAGCAUCAAGUACUUUGUUUUA